AUGGCCCAUUUUUCAGCAUUUGCCAAGAAACCAAAGACUCAGGAGGUGCAGGAGGGGUCCUUUGUGGUCUUUGAAGCAGAGACCGAGAAGCCUGAUGCUAAAGUAAAGUGGCAGUGCAACUCUCAGGACAUCGCCAGUGGCAGCAAAUAUGUGAUCACAGCCGACGGAAACAAGCACUCCCUUGCUAUCAGUGCUAUUGCCAAGGAAGAUGCCAAUGUCUAUGCAGUGAUUGCUGGGGGGUCAAAGGUCAAAUUUGAGCUGAAGGUCAUAUCAAAGCCAGUUUCAGCAUUUGCCAAGAAACCAAAGACUCAGGAGGUGCAGGAGGGGUCCUUUGUGGUCUUUGAAGCAGAGACCGAGAAGCCUGAUGCUAAAGUAAAGUGGCAGUGCAACUCUCAGGACAUCGCCAGUGGCAGCAAAUAUGUGAUCACAGCCGACGGAAACAAGCACUCCCUUGCUAUCAGUGCUAUUGCCAAGGAAGAUGCCAAUGUCUAUGCAGUGAUUGCUGGGGGGUCAAAGGUCAAAUUUGAGCUGAAGGUCAUAUCAAAGCCAGAUGCUCCAGCCAAGGCACUUGCUGAUAAACCAGAGGAGCCUGGUGUAGUAGCAGAACCGGCCUCCAGACCAUCUACAGCAGCACCCACAGCACAUGAUGCUCCUCCAGCUGAGGAUGGACAUCCUCCAGACACCAGACAGGACCUGACUGGACUCUUCACAGAGAAGCCCCAGGAUGGAGAAGUGACUGUAGGUGGAAACAUCACUUUUGUGGCUAAAGUGAAUACUGACUCACUGCUAAAGAAACCGACGGUCAAAUGGUUCAAAGGGAAGUGGAUGGACCUCGCCAGCAAGUGUGGGAAGUACCUGCAGCUGAAGGAGACAUUUGACCGCAACACCAUGGUCCACACAUUUGAAAUGCACAUCAUCAGUGCCCAGGCAAACUUUGCAGGAGCUUACAGAUGUGAGGUUUCAUUCAGGAAUAAGUUUGACAGCUGUAAUUUUAACUUGACUAUACAUGAGGCUUGUACUGCCGAAGGUUUGGACAUAAGAGCUGCUUUUAGACGCACUAGUGCAGACGGGAAUGAAGACUCGGGAGAGCUGGACUUCAGCACCUUGUUAAAAAAGAGAGCUGUGCAUGUGAGCACAGAACCUGAUGUGGACGUGUGGGAGCUUCUCAAAAAUGCUCCUGCUUCAGAAUAUGAGAAGAUUGCUUUUCAGUAUGGCAUCACCGACCUGAGAGGCAUGCUGAAGAGACUGAAGAAGAUGAGAAAAGAUGAGAAGAAAAGUGUAGCUUUCCUCAAAAAGUUGGAUCCUGCCUAUCAAGUGACAAAGGGACAUAAAAUAAAACUAGCUGUUGAGGUUGCCAAUCCAGAUGUUGAGGUGAGAUGGCUGAAGAAUGGACAGGAAAUUCAACCAACUGGAAGCAAGUACAUAUUUGAGAAUGUGGGCAACAUGCGCUACCUCACCAUCAACCACUGCUCCUUGGUAGAUGAUGCAGCAUAUUGUUGUUUGGUGGGAGAGGAGAAGUGCACCACUGAGCUCUUUGUUAAAGAGCCUCCUGUCCAACUUGUGAAGAAUCUGGAGGAUCAGAUGGUCAUGAAAGGUGAACGGGUGGAGUUAGAGUGUGAAGUCUCAGAGGAAGGAGCCAGUGUUAAAUGGGAGAAAGACGGUGUGGAGUUGACAAGAGAUGAAUCUUUCAAGUAUCGCUUCAAGAAAGAUGGCUGCAAACAUGUUCUGAUCAUCAACGAGGCCACAAAAGAAGACUGCGGCCACUACAAGGUUAAAACAAGUGGUGGCGAGUCUGUGGCUGAAGUCUUGGUGCAGGAGAAACAGCUGGAGGUCUACCAGAGCAUAGCAGACCUCACGGUGAAGGCAAAGGAUCAGGCGGUUUUCAAAUGUGAGGUGUCUGAUGAGAACGUGACGGGUACCUGGUAUAAGAAUGGUGUAGAAGUCAAGCAAGAUGCCAGAAUAAAUAUCACCCAUAUUGGCAGGAUCCACAAACUGACCAUUGAUGAUGUCAAACCAGAAGAUGAGGCGGACUACACUUUUGUGCCAGAUGGCUAUGCUUUCAACCUUUCUGCCAAACUCAGUUUCUUGGAGGUGAAGAUCGAUUAUGUCCCACGCCAAGAUCCUCCUAAGAUCCACCUGGACUGCAUGGGUCGCACUUCCGAUUCAACAAUCGUGGUGGUGGCUGGCAACAAACUACGUUUGGACGUCCCAAUCACUGGGGACCCUGCUCCCACAGUGAUAUGGACGAAAGGAGAGAAGGUAGUCACAGAGGGAGACAGUAGGGUCCGUGUCGAAACCACCACAGGCCACUGUGUCUUCACAGUCGAGGGGGCUGAGCGGCAGGAUGAGGGAAUCUACUCCGUUGUGGUUCGAAACCCUGCUGGGGAGGACACUGCGGAUAUCAAUGUGAAAGUUGUUGAUGUUCCGGAUCCUCCCCAGACUCCAGUAAUCCUAAGCGUGGGAGAAGACUCCUGUGUGGUCCAAUGGGAUCCCCCUCUGUUUGACGGUGGACAGCCAAUUAUUGGCUAUGUGCUGGAGAGAAAGAAGAAGCAGAGCUACAGGUGGAUGAGGCUAAACUUUGACCCUUACCCUGAAACGACUUAUGAAGCUAAGCGGAUGAUUGAAGGAGUGCCGUAUGAAAUGCGAGUCUAUGCUGUCAACAGCAUUGGCAUGUCUCGUCACAGCCCUGCCUCACAGCCGUUUGUGCCAGUCGCCCCUACAAGUGAGCCCACUGGACUGUGUGUUCAAGACGUUAGUGACACUUCUAUCUCGCUGAAGUGGCGGGCACCUGAGAGGAUUGGCUCUGCUGAGCUUGAGGGUUACGGGGUGGAGUACUGCAAGGAGGGCACUGAUGAAUGGAUACCAGCUAUUCAAGGUCUGACUGAAAGGACGUCAUUGAUUAUCAGAGACCUCACCACCGGAGACAAGCUGCAGUUCCGUGUGCGAGCAUACAACAUGGCAGGACCCAGUGCCCCCGCAACUCUGGCUCAGCCCAUCACCAUCAGAGAAAUAAUGCAACGGCCAAAAAUCUGGCUCCCCAGAUAUCUCCGCCAGACCCUCAUCAAGAAAGUUGGAGACACUGUCAACAUUGUGAUUCCCUUCCAGGGCAAGCCCAGGCCGAAGGUUACAUGGAGCAAAGAUGGGGAGCAUCUUGACCCAACAUUCGCUAGUGUGAGGAACAGUGAUGGAGAUACCAUCCUCUUCAUCCGCAAGACAGAAAGAAAACAUUCGGGAAAGUAUGAUCUCCAGGUGCAGAUUGAGAACGUGGAAGACACAGCAAGUGUGAAUCUGCAGAUUGUUGAUCUCCCGGGGUCUCCUGAGGCUCUGAAGAUCAUGGAUGUUUGGGGCUUCAAUGUGGCACUGGAGUGGAAGCCACCCAAGGACAACGGUAACUGUGAAAUCACUGGUUACAGAAUUCAGAAGGCUGACAAGAAGACUAUGGAGUGGUAUACAGUGUUCGAUCAGUACCGCCGAACCCACUGCGUCGUGUCUGACCUCAUCAUGGGGAAUGAGUACAUCUUCCGAAUUUUUGCCAUCAACCCAGUGGGCCUCAGCCCAGAGCCCUGCAACACAAAAGACAGUGUUUUCAUUCAGAAAACAGGUAUCGCCUACAGACCACCCACCUACAAGGGACAUGACUUCUCAGAGGCUCCAAUCACUCAUCCGUUAGUGAACCGCCCCAUCAUAGCAGGAUACAACGCGACCCUCAGCUGCUCAGUCAGAGGCAUACCAAAGCCCAAAGUGACCUGGUACAAAAACAAGGUGGACAUCUCAAAUGAAGCCAAGUACCGGAUGCUCAGUAAGCACGGUGUCCUGACGCUGGAGAUCCGUAAGCCCUGUCCUUUUGAUGGGGGGGUGUAUACGUGCAAAGCAGUCAAUGACAGCGGAGAAGACACUGUGGAAUGUAAACUGGAGGUUCGCCCUCAAAUUGCUAAAGAAGAAAAGAAAGAAGAAAAGAAGUCAAAAGUUGAGGCUGCUGACUGUAGAGAUGGCUGAGUCUCCUCACUCCCAUGCGUGUUAAUGGUUUUAUCACCAUAAGCUCUUUACCUGCAUCACAAACUGUAUUUAGCCCACAUCCUCUUUAUUUUUUGCAACACUUCCCUCUUCUGCAGUUAUUUUGCACUUAGUCAUCCUCACUGCUAUGUUAUCAUGUGUACUAUAGGCUCGCUGAACCCACUAGUGCUUGAAUUUGCUGUUUAUCAAUAGGGAAGUGUCUAUGUAAUAAUUUACCAAUAAGUGAUGGUUUGUCACUCCAUUUGCCAUUUAUUUCAAAAACUAGAUGUGGGCGUAUAUUAUGCUGUGUAGUAAAUAUGGAUGAUAGAUUUAGCAAUAUUUAUGAAACCGACUUGUGGUUCAGUUUCUCACUUGUUUAAGUCAAUAAAUGGAAGAAAUGGAUUACCGUGUCCAGAUUGGGU